CAAGAGUACCCAACUGUCCUCCCAAAAAUACAUCAGACAAUCAUCAUGGCCGCCAACGGCCCAGACAACACACCCCCAACACCAGCAUACUUCCCCACCUCCGCCGACUCCCCACUACACCCACCCACCGCCUUAUACCAAAAGCUACGGGACCUGAAAGAAGAUGCCUUGACCAAAACCCAGGACCUGACUGUCCCACCGCGCUCCGGCCGCGCCUGGCGCGUCCCCGCAGGCUCCCUCUUCCGCCUCUCAACUCCCGAAGGACCCCAAGUAGGCGACCUAAACAUAUGGAAUGCCUCGGACCCACGCGAGCGCUUCUGGGCCGCACGAACGCGGCAGCUGCAGGGGAGUCAUAUGAUUGAGGGAGAUCGUUUGUGGUCGAAUCUGCCAUUCAUGCGGCCGCUCGCUGGCAUCAUUCGCGAUGGAUGUCUGAUCAAAGACGGACCGGGAAGUGGAAAGAAUGGCGGGAGGGAAGAGAGCAGGGAUGAGAGGGGAGGGGUUACACGUUGGGGAGGCAGAUGUCAUGAUCUUCUGGGGACGCGAUGUGACCCGUACAUUUCGAGCGUGAUUUCGGGGACGGAUUAUGAUUUCCACUGUCAUUCGAACCUCGUGCGAGCGGUGCUGCCACAUGGGUUGACGGAGUUCGAUGUGCACGAUGUGCUCAAUGUGUUCCAAGUCACCGGGCUUGAUAGCCAGGGGCGGUAUUUCAUGGAGGCAAGCCCGGCGACCAAGGAGAGCACAUUGACGUUUUUUGCUGAGCAGGAUUUGCUGUGUGCGUUGAGUACGUGUCCCGGUGGGGAUCUGAGUGCCUGGGGGUGGAGCCAGGCGGAUGAGAGUAAGGCGGAGGAGGGGAGGGAUAUGAAGAGUACGUGUCGGCCGAUUAGGGUUGAGGUGCUGGAGAUCAAGGAUAAGGGAGUGUUGGCGGGGUGGAAGAAGCCGGAGAGGAGUGGGUAUAAGGGGUGUCAUGGGAUGACGAUAAUUGGCGGAGAGGCAUGAUUGUGGAUCCAGUUGUAUGAAGAACACUGAGAACGAUUGAAUGGAAUCCAGUUGGGAUGAAAGUCUGAUAUGCUGUGAUUUGGUAUACCUAUGUACACUUUUGA